AUGGAAACAACGAUGAAGACAAUGAAACAGCCGUUAAUAAAAUAUUUCCUUGCGCCCAGUUGCUUGGCCGCUCAAGACACUGGAUGCGUAGAGUUCGAUGAUAUGAGCACUGAAGAUACGUCAGCAACUAAUUUGCUUAAAUAUGAGUUGGAAGUAGCAAGAAAAAAGGUCUUGGAACUUGAAAAGGAGAAGGAACUGAUCAUAAUGAAUUCGGAGUUGUUGAAGACAGAAGUGGAAUCAUCGGAAUCUUCCGAAAAAGCGCACUGGUUUGAAAUGCUCAGUAACCAUGAUGUGAGUUCGAUAUGUUCGUAUUAUCAGGAACGAUUGAGUAAUUUGCAUGGUGAUAUUGAGCAUAUGCGAAGUCGAGCACUCUACUAUAAGUAUGAGGCGAGUUUUGCUUCUGCGGAUUUUCUUCUUUUCCACGACUUUAAUAUUUUUACCGAUCAGUUCUUGGAAGAGAAGUCAGCAAUGCUUUCUACGGAGGAUUAG